AUGGUGCUGGUGCUGUGCAUCGGCGACCUGCACGUCCCGCACAGGGCGCAGGACCUACCGCCAAAGUUCAAGGAGCUGCUGAAGCCAAACAAAGUGGACCACAUCCUCUGCUGCGGCAACCUCUGCAGCAAGUCGUUGCUAGAGUACCUGAAGGGCAUCUGCGCCGAUGUGAAGCUGGUCCAGGGUGACUUUGAUGAUUUUGAGGCACCAGACCAGCUGGUGACCCAGAUCGGCGACAUCCGCGUGGGCGUGUGCCACGGCCACCAGGUGGUGCCAUGGGGCGACAAGGAGGCGCUCGCCAUCCUGCAGCGGCAGCUGGACGUCGACAUCCUGGUCACGGGGCACACGCACGCGUUUGAGGUGGGGGCGCGCGGCACGGCCGUGAUGUAUGGCGAGCGGCUGCAGAUCAACCCGGGGUCGGCCACGGGCGCGUACAGCAGCCUCAACGCAGAGGUGGGGCCCAGCUUCGUGCUCAUGGACGUCGAUGGAGCAAAGGCGACCGUGUACGUGUACCAACUGGUUGAUGAUGCAGUCAAGGUGGAGAAAAUUGACUACCAGAAACCGGGGGCGCCCGUCACCCUGUGA